AUGGACGAAAUCGUGGAGAUUGUCCGACAGAUCGGUAGACAGCAAGGUGGAAAUGCUUACUACCGCGCUUGCUAUGGCCUGCUCAAACACCUGCAGGAGCUAGUUGAGCAGGCAUCGGACGAAAUGCUCCGACAUCAACAAAUACAGAUUUUGGAUCAGCCCAGUCAAAGCUUGGGGGAUAUUUACGGAACUCUCCCCAACUUACAAGAGUCGACUUUUGACCUGAUUGACCAAGCUUGUGAUGCACAGACAUCCCGUGAAGAGUUCUGCCCGAUUGAUUGCCGCUUUUCUGCCUGCCACAUCUUUCCCCGUCGUGAUUUUCCUCAUGCAGACCAUUUUCUGGUGGAGCCGUUGAACCUACAGGGAAUGGAACACCUGGAAUCAUCUUCGUAA